AGGGGGGGGAAGUAAUGUUAGCUUGCUGGCUAGCUAACUAAGCUAACCUAGCAGCCUGCUAAGCCUCUCUCGCCCUUCCAGUCCCUCGACCAGAGGAGGGGCGGCGGGGCUUUGUAGCAUUGCAGAUCUGGCUUGCUACUAGGUGUUGAUGCAUAUAUAUAUUUUUCUGUGUUACUGCAGGAAUGGAGAAUCACAAAUAUCACCAACUCAGGGGAUUUCUUUAAACUGCAACUGAGGUGGCUUGUCAUUUUUUUUUCUUCGCGAAGAAUCCUUCUUUGGCGGAGAAGAAGAAGAAGAAGAAGAAGAAGAAGAAAACAACAAUAGCCCGAAAGGAAAUAACUGCCAGCAAGGGGCUUUUAUCAAAUCUGCCGGCCGGGGCAGGGUCUACAAAUUGGAAGGUCUUCCCUUUUUAUUUUAUUUUUUUUAAAAAUGUGUCUCGGGAAAGAGUCUGAUAAAAUGAGGAAAUAUCCCACGUCUUUCCCACCUCUCAGACGCUGUAUGGUUACAUGUUUGAGAGGGAGGCUAUGAUUAGACAUCCUAUAACCUAAGAAUUAGCCUCGGCUUGCCCCUCAACUUAAAGUUGUUUUUUUCCUCACUCUGUUCAAGGUGAGAGAACUUCUGAUCGACCCCACUCGCAUUACUAAACCCGAUCGAUUAAUCCGUAUCCUGUACAACUGUACAAUUUCACCCAUUGCUCAAAAAAACAACAACAACAACAAAACAAACACGAUCGGGGAAUCAUGUCGGGAGAAGUGCGUUUGAAGAAACUGGAGAAGCUGAUUUUGGACGGGCCGGCUCAAUCCAACGGCCAGUGCCUUAGUGUGGAAGGGCUAUUGGAUAUCCUUAUCUGCCUUUACGAUGAGUGCAACAACUCCCCGCUCAGAAGAGAGAAGAACAUCUUGGAGUUUUUAGACUGGGCCAAGCCUUUCACCACCAAGGUGAAGCAGAUGCGCCUGCACAAAGAGGACUUUGAAAUCCUCAAGGUGAUAGGACGAGGAGCCUUUGGAGAGGUUGCGGUUGUGAAGGUGAAGAAUGCUGACAAGGUGUUUGCUAUGAAGAUCCUCAACAAGUGGGAGAUGUUGAAGAGAGCUGAGACGGCAUGUUUUCGGGAAGAACGGGACGUGCUAGUGAAUGGGGACAGCCAGUGGAUUACUACAUUGCAUUACGCCUUCCAGGAUGACAACAACCUGUACCUGGUAAUGGACUACUAUGUGGGUGGUGACCUGCUGACCCUGCUCAGUAAGUUCGAGGACCGGCUGCCAGAGGAGAUGGCCAAAUUCUACCUGGCUGAGAUGGUGCUGGCCAUUGACUCUGUUCACCAGCUCCACUACGUCCACAGGGACAUCAAGCCGGACAACAUUCUGAUGGAUAUGAACGGCCACAUCCGCUUGGCUGACUUUGGCUCCUGUCUUAAACUCAUGGAGGAUGGAACGGUUCAAUCCUCUGUAGCGGUAGGGACUCCAGACUACAUCUCCCCAGAGAUCCUGCAGGCCAUGGAAGACGGGAAAGGCAAAUACGGCCCAGAGUGUGACUGGUGGUCACUGGGCGUCUGCAUGUACGAGAUGCUGUAUGGCGAGACGCCCUUCUAUGCCGAGUCCCUGGUGGAAACCUAUGGCAAGAUUAUGAACCAUAAGGAGCGAUUCCAGUUCCCACAGCAGAUAACUGAUGUGUCGGACGAAGCAAAGGACCUGAUUCGUCGGCUCAUUUGCAGUCGAGAGCACAGAUUGGGCCAGAACGGCAUUGAGGACUUCAAGCAACAUCCUUUCUUCUCUGGCAUUGACUGGGACAACAUCCGCACAUGUGAGGCCCCUUACAUCCCAGAGGUCAGCAGUCCAACAGAUACUUCAAACUUUGACGUGGACGACGAUUGCCUCAAGAACUCGGAGACCAUGCCCCCUCCCACUCAUACGGCCUUCUCUGGCCAUCACCUGCCCUUUGUUGGUUUCACCUACACCAGUAAAUGCACCCUAUCAGAUCGAGGCUGCUUGCGGGAGCUUUUGGGUGAGCAGGGUAAGACGGGCCUUGUCCAGAUGGAUGUAGGUGUCCAGCGCAGCCUGGAAGACAGCCUCGCCACCGAAGCCUACGAGAGGAGGAUCCGACGUCUGGAGCAGGAGAAAGUGGAGCUGACCCGCAAACUGCAAGAGUCGACCCAGACGGUGCAAGCACUGCAGCAUCCGACUGGUGAGGGUCCCGUCAGUGCCAACAAAGAGGUGGAGAUCAGGAGUCUGAAGAGUGAAAUCGACAUCCUCAAGAAACAGAUUGCCGACUCAGGCCAGCUGGAGAAGCAGCUGGAGGAUGUGACAUCGACCCGAAGGGACUUGGAAGACUCAUCCAAACACAUCAGGAGUCUGGAGAAACAGAUGAGGAGCCUGACACAGGAAAAAGACGACCUGCACAAGGACGUAAUGGAUGCCAGUGAGAAGCUGAAAACUCAGUCUAAGGAGCUAAAGGAGGCCCAUAGCCAGAGGAAAAUGGCCAUGCAGGGGUUCUCUGAGCUCAAUGAAAAGUUAACAGACCUCAGGUCGUCUAAGCAGCGCCUGACUCGCCAGCUGCGUGACAAGGAGGAGGAGAUGGAGAGCCAGACUCAAAAGGUGGAGGCUCUGCGCCUCGAGGUGCGCAAGGCAGAGAGAGCUAAGAAGGAGAUGGAGGCGCAUGCGGAGGAGCAGGCUGCGGAGGCCCAGAAGGAGAGGAAGCUGAGGGAGCGCAAUGAACAGUACAGUCGUCAACUAGAGGAGGAGCUCGAGGGGCUCAAGCUGAAACAGACUGGCGCUUCUGCCACCCCGUCCUCGGUAGACCAGUCCCAGGAAGUGGGGCGCCUGCGGGGCGACCUGGAGAAGAAGACGCUCCUGUACGAGGAGGAGCUGGCGCGCAGGGAGGCGCAGCACACCGCCGAGCUGAAGGCCCUGCGCAAAGAGCUGCGGGAUGCGGAGGGGCAGCACCUGGCCCUGCAGAAGGAGAUCCUGAUGCUAAAGGACAAAUUGGAGAAGACUCGCAGAGAGAGUCAAAGUGAGCGAGAAGAAUUUGAGACAGAGUACAAACAGAAGUAUGAAAGAGAGCGAGUUCUUCUUACUGAAGAAAAUAAGAAACUAUCCAGUGAACUGGACAAGCUGACGUCCAUGUUUGAGAAGUUGAGCGGUUCUAACCGGCAGCUGGAGGAGGAGAUGAGGGAGCUGGCUGACAAGAAGGAGAGCGUGGCUCACUGGGAGGCCCAGAUCACAGAGAUCAUCCAGUGGGUGAGUGAUGAAAAGGAUGCUAGGGGCUACUUGCAGGCUCUGGCCACGAAGAUGACUGAAGAACUAGAGGGGCUGAGGAACACCAGUCUGGGAGCACGGGCCACGGACAUGCCAUGGAAGAUGCGUCGCUUUGCCAAGCUUGACAUGUCGGCACGUCUGGAGCUGCAGUCGGCCCUCGAUGCCGAGAUCAGAGCCAAGCAAAGCAUUCAGGACGAGCUGAACAAGGUGAAGGCCAACAACAUCUCCACGGAGUGUAAACUCCAGGAUGUAGAGGCUAAGAACCAGGAGCUCCUUUCUGAGAUUGACAGGCUGAAAAAGGAGUCCGAGGAGCUGCGGCUACGCAGGGGUGUUAAGCAUCAGGAUUCACAGAAUUCCUUCCUGGCUUUCCUCAAUGCCCCGACCUCAGCUCUUGACCAGUUUGAUCGCUCUCCAUCGGUCGGCCCGGCUAGCAAAGGCAGACGCGUGGACUCUGUGGAUAACUUCACCCCCUCCAACACUCCAUCCCGGGAUGAGGAUGCCAAGUCCCACCACAAGUCGCGCUCGCGCUCACCGUCCAUGGCUAGCGAUAUGGAGCCCAUAGAGUUGAUAGACCAUCCUCCUCGUACGGUGCAGACCCCAACCAUGCGCUCAGGAGGAUAUGGCAGUAUCGGACGCUCCUCACCUAAGCCAAAAGCCCACCAGUUUGUGGUGAAGUCCUUCAACACUCCCACUAAGUGUAACCAGUGCACUUCCCUGAUGGUGGGACUCAUACGCCAGGGCUGCACCUGCGAAGUGUGUAACUUCUCCUGCCAUGUGACAUGUGCGGACAAGGCGCCAGCGGUGUGUCCUGUGCCCCAGGACCAGACCAAGGGUCCGCUAGGUAUUGACCCCCAGAGGGGCAUUGGUACCGCCUACGAGGGGCAUGUUAGGGUGCCCAAACCGACAGGAGUGAAGAAAGGGUGGCAGAGAGCCAUGGCCGUGGUGUGUGACUUUAAACUGUUCCUUUAUGAACUGGGAGAAGGAAAGGCCACACAGCCCAGCGUAGUGGUCAGCCAAGUCAUAGACAUGAGGGAUGAGGAGUUUUCAGUCAGCUCUGUCUUGGCCUCUGAUGUCAUCCAUGCCAGCCGAAAGGACAUCCCCUGCAUAUUCAGAGUGACGGCGUCCCAGCUGUCGCCCUCCAGCAGCCACAAGCCCUCCAUCCUGAUUCUGGCUGACAGCGACCAGGAGAGGAACAAGUGGGUGGGCUUGCUCAAUGAGCUCCACCGCAUCCUCAAGAAGAACAAGCUGAAGGAGCGCUUUGUGUACGUCCCCAAGGAGGCCUACGACAGCACGCUGCCGCUCAUUAAGACCACGCAGUCCGCCACCAUCAUAGAUCAUGAGCGUGUCGCCCUGGGCAAUGAGGAAGGCCUUUAUGUCAUCCAUGUUACCAAAGAUGAGAUCAUCCGGGUGGGUGACAACAAGAAGGUGCACCACAUCGACCUGAUCCCCCAGGAGCAGCUGCUGGCGGUCAUCUCCGGAAGAAACCGCCAUGUCCGCCUCUUUCCCACACAAGCCCUAGAUGGCCGCGAGACCGAUUCCUACAAGCUGGCCGAGACCAAGGGCUGCCAGGCCAUCGUCUCAGGCCCCGUCCGCAACGGCUCGCUCACCUGCCUUUGUGUGGCCAUGAAGAGACAGAUAAUCUUCUAUGAGGUUAACAAGAGCAAGACACGCCACCGUCGGCUGCGGGAACUACAGGCCCCGGGGCCCGUCCAGUGGAUGGGCCUGCUGAGUGAGCGCCUCUAUGUAGGCUACCAGGCCGGCUUUACACGCUACAGUGUCCAUGGAGACAUGUCCCCCGUCAGCCUGCUCCACCCGGAGGACCACACCCUGGCCUUUAUUGCCCAGCAGACCCUGGAAGCCCUCUGUGCCGUGGAAAUCUCCAGCAAGGAGCUGCUGCUGUGUUUCAGUUCCAUAGGGGUGUAUGUGGACUCACAAGGCCGCCGGUCGCGGCAGCAAGAGCUGAUGUGGCCAGCCAUACCCAACGCAGCCUGCUACAAUGCCCCCUACCUGUCAGUCUACAGUGAGAAUGCCGUGGAUGUGUUCGACGUCAACACCAUGGAGUGGAUCCAGACCAUUCCUCUGAAGAAGGUGCGACCUCUCAAUGUCGAUGGCUCUCUGAAUCUGCUGGGGCUGGAGACUGUUCGACUCAUCUACUUUAGAAACAAAAUGGCCGAAGGUGAUGAGCUGGUCGUCCCGGAGACGUCAGACAACAGCAGAAAGCAGAUGGUCCGCAGCAUGAACAACAAGAGACGCUUCUCCUUCAGGGUGCCUGAAGAAGAGAGGCUUCAGCAGAGAAGAGAGAUGCUGCGGGACCCAGAGAUGAGGAACAAGCUGAUCUCCAACCCCACCAACUUCAACCAUGUGGCGCACAUGGGACCGGGCGAUGGCAUUCAGAUCCUCAAAGACCUUCCAAUGAACGUCCGUGUUCAGGAGAACCGUGCAGGCUUCAGUGGUUCUGUCAGCAUCCCCUCCAUCACCAAGAACCGGGCUGAGCCGGGCCGCUCCAUGAGUGCCAGCAGUGGGCUUGGCAUACGCUCAUCCUCCCAGAAUGGCAGUGCAUUGCGCAGGGAGCUGUCGGGUGGAAGUUACGGGUCCAAGCGCCAGACCAUGACCUCUCCUUCUGAGAGCUCCCUGUCCUCCGGAGGGGGCAUGGACUGUGGCGACGCUCCCCUCUCCCAGUUCGACAGAGAGGACUCGGACUCCCCUCGCCACUCCACAGCCUCCAACAGCUCCACCUUCAGCAGCCCCCCCAGCCCGGCCUCACCCCACAAGACCAAGUCCCUCUCACUGGAGAGCACAGACCGCAUGGGCUGGGACACAUGAGCCCCGCCCACCCUACCACUGACUGGCCGACCGACAGCACAGGACUCCAAUCCCCAUCCUCCAUUAUGUCCUCCGUGCCCCCCCCCCCAGGGCCCAGCCUAUCGUAUCUUAUCUUAAAAAUUUCCUCCCAACUGCCCAGAGAACUGCACCCGCUGUCUACUGGUCCCUCGCGUGAAACCCCCCCAAGUUUACCCACUUUAAAACCCCUUAUAAAUCCCAGUUAGGCCGCCCAAUGUCGUUUUAAGACGGGGCUAAAACGUCCGUAUCACCAGAGGGAAAGGGUCUAUAGCCUCUUUUACGCGAGAGGGAAACUUAAGGAGAGAAGACGUCUCUUGAUACUAAGUGUUUGUAGUGGCGUGUGCGGGGCGGCGUCCAUGGGUGAGGGUGAAUGUGUUCGUGUGUUUGACAGGCGGUGUGUGCUUGCAUUUGAGUGUGUGGGGGUUUAUUAGGAAAGGGCAUGUGAUAUAGGAAAAUAUAUAUAUGAUCCAUCACCUCAGCAGAUUGGCUCUUUUGCUCAGAAACCCGUUUAACCUGCGCGUUUGAGCUUCGAAGACAGACCACAGCAGUCGAUGUGCCCCACUGUUCAGUCUCCCGGCGAUUCGCCUCGAUCAGAGACGAUCAAAAGUCCUCAAGACGCAACAAAACAAAAACGUGGAUUAUUAUGGAAAGAAAAUUAUUUGUACUUGUACAUAGGACCCAAUGGGUUUUAGGGGACAGUAUUUUAAUUUAUUUAUCAAUCUUAGACGAGGAAAGGAGGCGCUUCUUGGCCCGGAGCAAAAGGGUGGAUUUUGUAAUCCAACACUCGCUUACCUCCUUCAGUAGCUUUCUCUUUGGGUGUUAGUUGGCAACAGCUGAAGCCGGGAAAAUUUAAAAAUGUAACUAAAGAAAAAAAAAUCAGAGAAAAAGAAAGCAAUGUUUUUUGGUUUUUUUUCUUGUUUUUGUUUUUCGUUUCCAUGAAAGUGAUAACUAAGUGCAGUGACUUUACAAUUUGUUUUACCAUCAGCGAAAAGCUAUAGGCAGCCUAAAUAAGCAACACGGUAGGGGUGUUUUAUAAAUUUAGAUGACCCGUACCAGCUUCCUGUCUGAGAGAACCUCAUUAAAUGCGCGUAGGAACUGACAGAACAUUCUAGACGAUGACGUCGUCGCGACUCUUUUUAUGCUACUCUCUCCUUAUUGGGCCAGUGUGCGUGACAUCAUCCAACUAUCGGGGACCACUUCUCCACGUAGCGUAGACCUUCCCAUCGACAUCACCACUUUGCUGUACGCCAAACCGACCAAUUUGCAAACGCCGAUUUCCCAUCACAAUAAUGUACAUAGGUUCAAAGUAGAGAGUAAUAUAUGAUAAGGAAAAAUGCUAUAGAGAAAAAUACACGGGAGCGAAAAAAAAUUCUCGGUUGUUUUAAUUCCUUUUUGUUUUUGAGUGAUUUUGGGUUGUAUUCACACGAAAGCCAUUUAAACCACUUUCCAGUUUUUUUUCCUUUUUACGAUUGCUUUUAGAUUUGUCAUUUGUUUUCUAUUGUACGUACGAGUGUUAUAAUUUUAUUUUUUUUAAUUUUUUUUCAUAUUCGGUUUGCGUUUGAAGAAGUUCAUCAAUGGAUCGACACUACUGCCCACGACUGUAGAGUGAACACGUGCAUCGAUCCGACGCAGGAGUCCGAUCAUGAAAUAUCCUGUAACACAUGUAAACACGUGCUGACACGUAAUCUGCGCACGCAUGUCGGAAGAGGCGGCGAACGCCUCAUCCUCCCACUCCUCUCUCUCUCUCUCUCCUCUCGGUGUUGGACGAUCAGCGACUCGGAGCACGGUCCCCCCCCCCUCUUCUCGGCCACGUUUAUCAACCAACAACGUGUGGUGUUCCCCCACCCACCCCCGCAAACUCCCUGUGGUACCCCGCAUGUAAACAACCGGUGGAACAAAUCUUCGGCGAAGAUGAGUUUUGAAAGAACCUUGUUGUUAAAAAAAAGAAAAAAGAAAAAAAAGGAAGUACACGAAUAAUUUCGAACUGAGAUGUGACAGGUCCUUAUGGUGUCCUGCUGCCUGGCAGCCUUGCUUAUUCUGAAGAAUGUUGUGACGAUGCUGAAGGUGGAGAACGCUUAGAGCCGAAUGGGUCGUCGGCUGCAGUGUGCGGGCAGCCCGAGGACAAACCUGACGCAACACUAAAACGAGAAUGUAAAGGCUCUGAGAGGGUUCGGCACUUGUUUAACCUCUGUCCGUUGUUUUGACCGGUUGUCGAUGUGUGGAAAUCCUGUCCCAUCAAACAACCUCAGCGCUAAUCAUUGUGUCUUCUGUAAAGGAAAUGGAUCGGGUCUCUCAAAAGCGAGGUGUUUUUGGCAGGGUGGUUAAGGCCUCUUUAAACCAGCUGACUGCUUAAAACAUGUUUCGGUGGCGCGCAUAUAUAUAUAUAUAUAUAUAUAUAUAUAUAUAUAUAUAUAUAUAUAUAUAUAUAUAUUGUGGCAGGAAUGAGGAAAAACACAGGAGACCAAGGCGAGUUUGAUGUUUAUUCCUCAACUCCAAAAACCAACUGCAGCAGGAACAACCCUGCACCGGCCAGCCCGGGAACGUAAACCACGCCCCCAGCUCACAGUCCUGCUGGGUGAGAGGCAUAGCCCCUAGU